AUUUUAAAGAAGCGAGAUUUGCGGACGUUGGGGUGAGGGAAGUUCUGUCUAAAUAACCUUAGACCAAUUUUACAUUGUUCAAAAACAGCAAAGUCUAGUAGGAAAAAACAGCGUUUUAGGCACUAAUCCGAAAAUUGACUAUUUUCUGGAUUGAGUGUGAAAAUUGUCGUUUUACGGAAUUAAUUGCAUUUUUGGGAGCGUACACUAAAAAGUGAAUUUUUGACACCAGAUCUUCCAAAAGUGUAAAGUAAACAACUACACAUGCUUUUUUAAAACCAAUUUUACAGGGUUACAUUUCUCUGGAUGUUUAUAAAAAGUGUGUGGAAAAAGGAAACCGACCUAAUUUAACACUUUUUUUUUCCUAAAAUAAUUAUUUGAAUUACAAAAAUUCCCUUCUAAUUUUUCAGAGUAAUUUCCUAAGAUAUCCAAUUUUUCAACCCGAUGAAUUUUCAGGUCGCCAUAAAUUUGGAAUGAAAGAGCCCAUUGUUGUAUCCCUCUCGACAAUAUCCUUCAAGUUCGUUUACCCACAUACUUUAUUUGCCUACUAAUAAAAGUUUACAAUCUAAAAGUUAAACAGCUCCAGCCCCUGAAUUGUAAACCCAUAAAUUAGAACCUUCGGCGCAAGACUGGCAGUAGCCUACGGCUGAACAGGACCGUAUCCCUUCAACACUACUUAAAAAUAAUUAUUGUAUUACUUGCAUCACUAUUUAUGUAGUUUUUUAGUUUUAUUAUGACGAACGAUUAUUUUUCUGAAUACAACCCUGAAAUCGACGCAGAUUUCGCCCUGGACCCUACGCUGUUCGACCGUUGCGCACGUGGUUGGCGGCAAUAUUAGCUACGGUUUCGGCUGAAUUUGUAAGGGGUCGCUUUAACAAAUCACACGAUCGAUAAAUAAGAAAUCACAUAAUUCCCGUCGAUGUAAUCCGAAAGUAGACUCAAACUUUCGUGAACAAUUACAUCGACAUUCUCAUUACGUGUAACAACAUCCAAUCUUGCAGGCUACAUUCUGCAACUUUCUUUUUUUAUGCGAUAAAAAAGGGAAUUAGAGUUGGCCUCGAUUAUAGCACAACCGGAAAUUCUAUUCCACACUUGUCACAACACUCUGAGCUUAAAUUAACGGACGGCAGGUACGACAUUCUUUUUUUGCCGCUCGCUGGUAAUAGCAUUAUAAGUGUUAUACAUAUAUGAUUUUAUAAAAAGAGUUUCGUUUUUUCGUGAUGUAGCGUUUAAAAACCGCGAAAUUUCCUGUAGCCAUGAUUCAUACACGUAACUCAAAUACACAGAUGUUUACCAAAAUCUAACGAACCAACUUAAUCACCGGCCUGAUAAAAUUUAAAACGCGAAAAUGCAUAUUCAUGAGGCUGUGUGAACCGUAAAAACGCCGAACCAUUCGUGUCACCCUGGGAAUUCACCCCAGUUUUAAAAUAUUCUGCCACGUGACGGUUCUGGACGUAAUUUAGUACGUUUAAUGGUGUUGAGUUUGUGCGUCGCGGUAAAAAUGAAAAAUAAAGGAUGCGGGAUGUGGUGAAAUGUUGGAUGAGUAUAGUGCACCAACGAAAACAGUGGUUUUAUAGUUUUGAUUUUUCCAAUCGCUGUUCUUGUUGGUGAACUAUACGAGGACCAACUUAUUAUAUUAAUCUCUUUUGAACUUAAUGUAGUUAUGUUGGUACUUUUCCACUUCAACUCGUUUUUUGCGAGUACCUCUCGUAAACAGCGACUGUUUACCAAGCGCACCAGCUAAUUGAUAAAAUCGUGCUCGUUGGGAAAUUCGUGCCCCACUUGGGCAAUUUCCCUCUCCGCGCCUCAAAAGUUCCUUGAUCCCGCGACGUCCUGGCACAUUUCUCGGUACCACUGCGCAACCAAAGCAAACAUCACCUUCCCAUAUUAGCACCGCGCCACUUAUCAAGAUUACACCAGUGACGUAACGGCGCGUAAAUUGGGCCAGCCGACCCAGUUCCUUAUCACGUUUACUCUUUAUUUAACCCGACACGAUCCCAUUAGGUGCGAGCGGAAGGUUGCUGGUACGUCAUUCCAUCCGGUUGUAAACCCAGAGAACCUCGGUUUCGACACGCAGUGAACUCUGAACUUGAUGUGAGGCACUGCAAUGCCACAGUGUGCGGUGGUGGGUUGCAACAGUUCCCACAGGAAGACCAAAGGGGGCUCGAUCAGGUACCACCGGUUCCCGGGGGACUCGGCCACGAGGGCCCGCUGGGUGCAGGCGUGCGGCAAGUUCGUCCAGAACUGCUCCACGGCGAGGAUUUGUUCGUUGCAUUUCACGGACGAGAGCUACGAGAGGGAUGUGCAGCACGAGUUGUUGGGGCUGCCGACGAGGUGCCGUCUGAAGAAGGGGGCUACGCCGGACAGGAACCUCCCGGGGGACUUCCUGAAGGAGGAGACGCUGCCGGAUAGCGCCAUCGCGAUUCUGCUGGCGGUGGGGCUCGUGCCUGCGGCGAAGGUGCCGAGGCAGAUCUCUGGAGGGCUACCCCAAGACCUGACCAAAAUGCAAAUAAUGGAGGACGUCCGCGAAGGUUGCAGCGUCCAGCCUUCCUCGCCCGGCCACGCCGAAGAACGCUUAAACAAUGACGAAACCAGCAAAGCGACCGCAGACCCCGAGGAGAACGGCUUCGAAGAGGACACCUCCAUGAACAACCACAUCGACGACAUACCAAAGAAAGAGCCCGAGGGCUCGGAACCCAAGGAAGACAAGUGCGAGCCCGAGAACGGCGACUCCACCAAACCCGACAACGCGCUCGAAGCCAACAACGUGAACGAGGAGAGCUCGAGCAACACCAGCUCGGAGGAGGCGCCCCAGAAGCGGAAAUCGACGGAGAGCCAGGACUCGGCGAACAAGCGGCUGCGGAUGGACAUCCAGGAGAACUUCAUCUCCAGGGAUAAGAUCUUGAACGAGUUCAUCGAGAUGGCGGACUGCGGGACCGUGGAGCAGCUGCAGGUGCAGACCGAGCAGAUCCUGGCGGAGAUCCGGACGCUGAACGAACUCGCGAAAGAGAAGGAGCGGGAGUGGAACAACAUAAUCCACUUGAAGAAGAUGAAGGAGGAGCUGCUGUUGAGGAUGCAGCGGAAGAAGCAGGUGAUGUUGUUGAGUAGUGACAAGGGCGAGAACGGUGAAGUUCUGUUCGGUGAAUCUCAGACAGAUAGUGUAGGUGAACGGUUAAAGAUUUCGAACCAAAGCAUCCUCAAGGCUAAUCUCACGAACCCGAACAAGACGUUGAAGAUACCGAGCGCGGGGUUCGACAAGAGCAGGCACCGGAAUAUUCUCCCGAAGCCUCCGCAGUACUCUCAGGACUUGAACGGGUCUCUGGACUUCAGGCAGGGUCAGAAGAGACCGGUUCUGGACGUGCAGUCCAUCAUAGCCGACUAUAGACAAAGACAUCCCGAGAUCGUCCCCCGAAGAGGACGCAGAAUUCGCAGCUCAUAUAACGACAGCAAGAACUCAAAUAACCACAUUCUCAACUUCUCGUCUUUAGCACUAGGCUCGGGAGCUCAAGUCCACCAGAAUCUACAAGGGUUGGAUGUUAAUAGCGAACUCGGGAUUCUUCUAAACGCCAUGGAUUCGAACCGAGUCGACUCGUCUAGACCUUCAAGUGCUGAGUCUUCCACCCCGCACGAACCCUCGUUCAAAGACAUGCUGGUGCAGUUCGCCAAAUUGUCACAAAGCGAGCGCCACGAGCUCAUCCAGAACGCCAUCAAGCCGCCGCCGCCGUACCCGGAAGUCACCGUUCACCCGGUGCCCACCACCACCACCGUAGCACCCACCAACUCCUUGCUCCAUGGUAUUUUAACAAAGAGUCCAUCUAAGGCAAACACGAAGACUUCGUUCAGUCCGACGCUAGCCCGGCUUCUGACAGCUCCAGAACGAGGGAACGCCUCUCCAACAACCACAGCCAUUGGGAAUAAUCUAAACAGCUCCGCGAAUAUGUCCAUUUCGGAAAUUCUUUCCACCAGCAAGGCCAGGAACGAAAUCACGAUAACUCCAGUGAGCAACCAGUACGACUCGCCUCACAAGGGAAAGUCGAUGACCCAGGAGGAAGACGAGGCCGAAGACAGCGCCGACCGGCUGGUGAUCGACGAAAGCAGCGAGGUCCUGGACGGCAGAGGACGCGGCGACAACAGUUCCGACGCCGGCGACGAGGUCCCCCAGUGCCAGGGGUGCAACCAGAAGUCAGCUCUCUUCGUGUGCGCGGGUUGCGGCAACCAGUGGUACUGCAGUCGGGAUUGCCAAGUGUCCGCAUGGGACGAACACUCUGAAGUUUGCUCUGGUUAAAAUUCAAAUCCGUUAUUUUUAUACUUGCAUGGUAACAAAGUUAUGCGUUCUUUAAGAAUUAAAAUUUGCACCAAACAAAUUUGGUACCUGUACUAAAAUUGAUGCAAUGAGAUUAUAGCAUUCCUUUGAGAGAGAAAUUCUUGCCUUGACUUUGUAGUGCUGUAGCUAUGAUUAUCGUCACUGCAUCAAUGUGGCUUAAGUUCGUUUGAUAGUAGAACCAAAGAUAUCCAAAGCUUCGAGUUCAUUUCUGAUGCAUUUUUGCUACGAGUAGGCUAUGAUCCAAAUUCAAACAGCAUUUAAAUCAAAUGGAAACGCCGUAUUUGAAAAGUUGUUAUUUUGUACAAGAGAAUUAUAUACGUAUUUACAAGAAAUGCCAAAAUUUUGAUGAUCCAAACUGAGUUAUUUUUAUGGGAGUCGAUUAGUUUGUGAGUAAGAAACAAUCAAUAGCCAGUGCAGAAAUCUAUUUAUGUUACCUAUAAAUGUAGAUUAUCUUCCUAUUUAUGAAUUUGUACUAGUCAGUUAAGUUGUAGUUACCCAAAUGAGUUUUGCAAUGUUCGUUUUAUGUGUUGUGUAAGUGCCAUUUAUGUAAGGGUUGUGUAAUUUUUUAUGUUUCUAUCAUUACGUUAGGUUAGGUUUCUGUAAGAUACAACACUGUGAUAUCCACUAUUGGAUCAACGAUACUUAAUUUAAAUUAAAGCCGGUAUCUUUCAUAAA